CUGAUCCGAACCACCUAUCCCCAAGCCCAACCAGACUCGAAAGCAAUCCGCCCACACCGCCGCACCCCGAACCCUAGCGCCCUGCGAAACCAGCGACGAUGGCGGCGGGCAAGAUCCGGUGGGGGGAGCUCGAGGAGGACGACGGGGGCGACCUCGACUUCCUGCUCCCGCCGAGGGUUGUCAUCGGGCCCGACGAGAACGGCAUCAAGAAGACGAUCGAGUACCGCUUCGACGACGACGGCAACAAGGUGAAGGUCACCACCACCACCCGCGUCCGCAAGCUCGCCCGCGCGCGCCUCUCCAAGGCCGCCAUCGAGCGCCGCUCCUGGGGGAAGUUCGGCGACGCCGCCAAAGAGGACGCCGGCUCGCGGCUCACCAUGGUCUCGACAGAGGAGAUCCUCCUCGAGCGCCCACGCGCCCCAGGAAGCAAAGCUGAUGAACCAAGUGCUUCUGGUGAUCCACUGGCAAUGGCAAGCAAGGGUGGUGCUGUUCUCAUGGUUUGCAGAACUUGUGGUAAGAAGGGUGACCACUGGACCUCGAAGUGCCCAUACAAGGACCUUGCUGGACCUGCUGAGACUGUGGACAGGCCUCCUACUUCUGAUGGACCUUCAGCACUAGGUGCAUCCGCUAAGGGUUCAUCAUAUGUUCCUCCGAGGUUAAGGGCUGGUGCGCCUACUGAUUCUGGACACGACAUGAGGCGCAGGAAUGAUGAGAACUCUGUCCGUGUUACCAAUCUAUCAGAGGAUACCCGUGAGCCCGACCUCCUUGAGCUGUUCCGCACAUUUGGCCCGGUCAGCCGUGUCUAUGUUGCUGUGGAUCAGAAGACUGGAUCAAGUAGGGGCUUUGGCUUUGUCAACUUUGUCCACAGAGAAGAUGCAGAGAAGGCUAUCAGCAAGCUCAAUGGGUAUGGUUAUGAUAACCUUAUCCUCCGUGUUGAGUGGGCAACACCAAGGCCCAACUAGUUGCUACCUAUUAGCAUUGGGGAUUUCCGUGAAGUAUUCUGCCAGUAUGGUCUUUUGAAAUACUAGUACCUUUUGUACUGCCCAUAUCAUGCGUCGUGAACUUUUGUGGUUGUGUUAUGCCUUUGUCGAGAAUAACAGUACUCUGCUUCUGUUUAUGCUAAUAGUCCGAAAGUGAAUUUUGUAAGGAUGGCAUGGGAGUUUCAUAAUCAUUAUGUUUUGUAGAGUGGUUGCUUUA